AAUUAGAUUUAGGGAAACGUAAAGACUUCAUUAUGGAAUAAAUCGUGAGGACUUUUAAGUCAUUUUGCAUCUCACUCUCACGCCGUAACAGUCUCUCUCUAUGACACAAAGCGACGGUGUUCCCGUUCUGUUCCGUUCCGUUAAGUUUCGGACUUAUAUUACAGAACUGAACAAUCGUUGUCUUCAAGUACGAGAUUUGUCUGAUUUUUCCAAAGCGCCGAUUCGAAGAUUUGAAUCCAUUUCAGUGAUGCCGUUUUGGAAGAUGAGCGCAAGAGAUGUCACUGGAUUCAAAUUCCUCUUCUCACUCGUCUUCAUCUACGCUUUAAUGUCAGCUAUUGUUUACUCCGUCCUCCACAUGAAAUUCAUCUCUCCGCUUCCGGCAAACGCUCCUCUCGAACGAUUCUCUGAAGCUAGAGCCGUCGAACACAUCCGUGUCUUGGCUGAAGAGAUCGAUGGUCGUCAGGAAGGACGACCUGGACUUAAAGAAGCUGCAACGUAUAUAAAAUCGCAAUUGGAGAUGGUGAAGGAGAGAGCUGGACCAAAUUUAAGGGUUGAAGUGGAAGAGACUCAAGUGGAUGGUUCCUUUAGCAUGAUGUUUCUAGGACACAGCAUAUCACUUGGAUACAGAAACCAUACUAAUAUACUUAUGCGUAUCUCGUCAAUGAAUUCUCUUGACACUGAUGCAUCUGUAUUGAUGAAUGCACAUUAUGACAGUCCUGUUAACUCUCCUGGAGCUGGUGAUUGUGGGUCAUGUGUAGCAUCACUACUUGAAUUAGCAAGACUGGUAGUGGAUUCUGGUUGGGUCCCGCCUCAACCUGUAAUUUUUCUCUUCAAUGGUGCUGAAGAGCUUUUUAUGCUGGGCUCACACGGCUUCAUGACGAAGCAUAAGUUGAAAGAUACCAUUGGAGCUUUUAUAAACGUGGAAGCCUCUGGGACAGGGGGUAUUGAUCUGGUCUGCCAAUCAGGGCCUGGCUCGUGGCCAUCUUAUGUCUACUCUCAAGCAGCAGUGUAUCCAAUGGCACAGAGUUCUGCACAGGAUGUUUUCCCUGUAAUUCCUGGAGACACAGAUUACAGAAUGUUUGCAGAAGAUUAUGCCGACAUUCCCGGGCUAGACAUUAUCUUUCUUCUGGGCGGUUACUACUACCAUACUACCUUCGAUACAGUGGACAGAAUAGUACCUGGAAGCAUGCAAGCACGUGGAGAAAACUUAAUCAGCGUGCUUAAAGCCUUCGCGAGUUCUUCUAGGCUAAAGGUUGCUAGUGAAAGAAAGACGCUUGACGUGGAUGCCAACAGUGACAUGGUUGAAAGAGCUGUUUUCUUUGAUUACUUAACAUGGUUCAUGGUGUUCUACCCAAGAAGAGUAGCUUUCGUACUUCACAACAUUCCAGCUGCUUUGUUCCUUUGUGUUCCUUUCUUUUUGUAUAUGAUGGACCCUAGGACACACCCUUUGUUAUCAUUCUUCUGGGCUUUCUUUAAAGGAGUUAUGCACCAUUUCGCCGGGAUCUUACUUGGUGUAAUAGUCCCUGUUCUCUUUGCAGUCAUCAGAUUGUUCUUUGCUUAUCCCAUGAGCUGGUUUGCUCAUUCAUACUUAGCUUUCUUGAUGUUCAUCCCCUGCUCAUUUUUUGGCCUUUUAAUUCCAAGAGCUAUCUCUGAUCGUGUCUCACAUUUUCAAGGUGUUUCAUCCAAGAAAAUUAUGAAAGUUGAACCAUCUGAUGAAGCAAGGUUUUGGGGAGCAUUUGGGUUCUAUGCUUUUGCAACUUCGGCAUAUUUUUUCGCUGGAUUAAAUGGAGGAUUCAUGACAUUUGUCAUCUCCAUUUCUAUGCUACUAGGGUGGAUUGCUUUCUAUUUGUCAGUCAAGUCCUAUGGCUAUAAUUCGAUCAAGUCUCCCAUGUUUUAUGUGAUAGCUCUUGUUCCAUGCCUUCUGUAUUCUCUCUAUUUUGGUGGUAUUCUUACACUAUUAUUAAUUGAGAAGACGGGAAUGAUGGGAGCAAUUCCACCACCUUAUGGAUUUUAUCUAGCAGAUGUAGCAGUAGCUGCAGUCAUUGGAAUCGUCACCGGCUUGUGUUUGGGUCCAAUAAUACCAAUUUGUGAUCGUUGGCUGGCCAAGUCGUCGAUCUUGAAAUUCUUGCUUCACUUCACUGUAGUCAUGUUGGCGGUAUCAUCACAGUUCUUUCCUUAUAGCAAAGAUGCACCAAAGAGAGUUGUACUCCAACACACAUUCAUCUCUACUGGUGGAAAUGAAAUCACAGGCUCAAGUUAUGAUUUAGCUGUCAUUGAUUCAAAUUCUAUGGAGUUCAUUUUUAAGCAUGCUCCGGAGGUGGCAAAGGAACUUCAUGUUGGCCCUUCUUUUUCAUUGGGAAACGCUGAAGCGUCUCCUCAAGAAGCUUGGAUGGCACUUUUCCCUAUUUCAUGUGUAUUAACAACAAACGGGAGGUUCCCUGCUAAAGCCAACAAUAUUUUAGAACGAUAUAGCCAAUUCCCACUCCUACAAGCGCAUAAACCGCAAACAACAUUUGAAAAUGGAACUCGCAGAGUUCAUCUGGAGCUCUCUCUGGGGUUAGUUGGACUCCAUAAAGAACUUCUAUUGGUCUUGUUGGUUAUUAACUAUUCCAUUUGCAGGUCGUUGGAGGAGAUUUGGGUCACGGUUUUGAACAUAACCGGACCGUUAUCAGGGUGGUCCUUUGCCGAUGGCAAACCUCCAGCACCUGAACUCCCACCGGGUGGUCCUCCCUCGUACAUAUUGAGACUGAGUGGCAACAGCGAUGAGAAGUGGAACUUCUGGUUAGAGGCAAGUAGUGAAGAAGAAGUGAGAGUAGAUGUAGCUGUUCUUGAUCAACGUCUUGAUGAAGAAACUAUACAUUUGAAGGGUCUUUUCCCAAAAUGGUCCGAUGUCAUUGCCUACACUAGUUUUCUUUCUACUUACUUGUUCUGAUCGUAGACUAUUUCAUAUUCUCCUUUUGAUAUUUCUAAAACAUUAGAGAAUAAAUAAAUCCGUUCUUAACAUGGGAAAGUUUUUUUUUUUUUGACAUCGGAACCGCAUACUCUAUUUAUACCUAAAUCAUACUAACAUGAGCAAGUCUUAAGUACAUUUUCUUUGUUGAUAUAGUAAUUGUGUACAUUUACUUGGUUCUUUGAUAAUUUAUAAUCUUAUACUUUGAUUGGUG